AGUAGUGAACCGACUCGUGUACCAACCUCACAAGAAGUAAGCAGUGGUGAAGAGGAUAAAUACCGUUAACAUCUUUAUAAUUCAAAAAACAUUUUAUUGUCAGACUAUGAAGAUCCAAUUAUUGUUACUUAUCCUGAGUGUUGGGAUUUCAAGAAUCGAUGCAGAUGAAUCAGGGGAUACGGUUACAGUGACGUUGUUCUACGAGAGUUACUGUCCAGACUGUAAAGAUUUCAUCGUCAACAAGCUGUACAGUGCCUGGACAUCUUUCAAAGGACAUGGAGUCUUAUUCGACCUUGUGGCUUUUGGAAAUGCGAGGCAAAAGUACGUGGACGGUCACUGGGAGUUCCACUGUCAGCACGGCCCGGAGGAGUGUGAGGCCAACAAGUUGCACGCGUGCGCCGUGUACCAGACGUGCGGCGACAAAGGUACAAAAGACUGUGACGUAGACAAGCUGAGCCCUGCCAUGGACUUCAUCUACUGCGUGCUACGUAAACCCGACCAGCUACGAGCUACCAAGCAGUGUGCCCAAGACACAGGUCUGGAUGGGGACGCCAUCUUGAGCUGUGCUAACGGACAACAAGGAGAUUCUCUGCUCAACCUCUACGGCAACCAAACCCUUGCCUUCCAGCCCAGAAUACGAUACGUACCUACGGUGGCCAUCAAUGGGAAACACGACAAGUUGGCUGAGGACGACCUGGUCGGAGAGAUCUGUAAGCUACUUCCUCAGUUGUGUCAUUCACCGGAGGUCAUCACCGUGUGACGUCAUCUUCAACCCAUUCAUGAUUUCUACACUGACAAUGGACCGUCAACACGUCAUUUCGUUUAUUAAUCUUGUAAAAUGUCUUGUAAUUACCAUCUUUUUUAUAUUCGUUGUCAUCAAAGUGAUUAAAAUUUAUAUAUUUCUUUUCUA